GCAAGAUAAAUUGGGAAGAACAUCACAAUAACUCGGAAUUACUUAAAAUAUUGUCAUAUGUCAACUCUCGGUGCCCAGAUAUUACCCAUGUAUAUCAUCUAAGAGAUGAUGAUCGUGAAACAACUGUUGAAGGAAAUAAGCUUUAUGUAAUUGCACUUGGAAUUGAGCCAAGAAAGCAUCAGAUAGGCAUACCAGAAUUUAAAUAUGUAGCCAAUAUGCACGGAAACGAAGUGGUUGGCAGAGAACUCCUUUUAAGACUUGCAUAUGACAUAUGCAACAAAUAUCUUGAACAGAACCCAACUAUUAUAAAUAUAUUGAAAACAACUCGUAUCCAUCUAAUGCCAUCCAUGAAUCCAGAUGGUUGGGAUAAAGCUAAGGAUAAGGUAUAUAACUUCUCAAGGAGCAUAAUAUCGAAGGAUCAAGCUAUUAUUUUAGGAAGAGCAAACGGAAACAACGUUGACUUAAAUAGAAACUUUCCAGAUCUGGACUCAAUUGCAUAUGAAAAUAUGAAAUACGGUGGUCCAUUAGAUCACUUAAUGAGCGAUGAGUUACUGAAUACAAAUCAACUUCAGCCAGAAACAUUGCUUAUCAUGAGAUGGAUUAAGGAAAUUCCCUUUGUACUUUCUGCAAACCUACAUGGAGGAGAUGUCGUUGCCAAUUAUCCAUACGAUAAGUCUAUGUUUGGGGACUCACAAUUCACUCCAACAGCGGAUCAGGAUAUUUUUGUGUAA